UACUGUGCUAGCUAGUUAGCUACAGAGAGCUAACGCCGAGCUACAGCAAAACGGCUCUGGUUGCCCGCGUUGAGAAGCGUUAAUAUCACGACCACAGAGCGGAUUUAUUGAUCUAAAAACACACAACAGAUGAAAACACAACCCUCCUGUCAGUGUGAAGACGUCUCACUUCUCUGUUUCCGGUCUUCUCCGACUCCCCCUGUAUGAUAUCCAGGCUUUGAAUAGAUGAGAUCAGCUGCCAGGUGAGCAGCUGGACCUCACCAGCUCACCAUGAAUCCUGUCAGCUACCACCACAGCAUGCUGUCCUCUGUGAACAGUGGACAUCAUCCCAACUUGGUGAUGGAUCGUGUUUUGAGCUCCACAACCGCGAAGCGUUGUGAGAAAUGUGGAUUUGUUUGUACGGACCUCGCAGAGUUCACGAAGCACAUGCUGGAGCACAGGAGCACAAAGUUUUACUGCUUUUACUGCAACAAAAUCUCGUUCAGCGAGGCGGAGUUGAGCGCUCACCUGAAGCAACACUGUUCAAAAUAUCCGUUUAAGUGUCCUCACUGUGGACAGGGAUACAUGAGGAGGCUGUGCCUUGUAAAGCACAUUGAUCGUUUGCAUAGUAAAAAUAGUAGUCAAAUACCUGCCAAGCCUGGAACGACAAAAAAUCCACACGCUCCUGUCUCCAGUGCCUUAUCAAGCAUGCCCGCUGCUGAUCUGUCAUCACGUCUACCAGCUGUUCGCGUCACCGUACCCGCUCUGAGUACACCUGCAGUCCGGCUGGGUAAAGAUGAACAGAGAGGGAAAACACUGGACACAAAUGCAUCAAAUGCCACUAAUGGUAAUGCUGAACUUUUGACCCCUUUGAAUGGAUUCAUUCAACACCACCACAGGGCUCUCACGGUUUCACUUCCUGACGAAGUAUCCAUCCCUGCUGGCUGUUUGGUUGAACUUGUUGAGGUGAAAACUGUCAACGGGACAAAGGAGCUGAAGCUGAGGCUCGUCUCUCAACAAGAAAACGAGUCUGUGAUAAAAGACACGAGGACCACAGUGUCUCAAAACACCGCACUGGGAAAGCCAUUCUUAUCUGCGUUAAAUCAUCCAAACACGGUGAAGUCUAUGAGCAUGGGGAUGUGCACGGUUAACAGGAAACAGUGCGAAAUGAAGAUGGUGAAUGUGGAGCGUCCUGCUGUUGCCAAUAUUUCCCAAAACCUCCAGAAUCAAGCAAGCAAAGAAAAAGGUGGAUUGAAAAGAGCAUCGCCAGAAAUAAUCAACUUGGAAUGUCACACAGUGAUUCCAAACAAGGUUCCCAAAAGCAUCCUCAAUUCUGUAAGAGAAGGAAUCAAAGUUACACAGAGGGAACCCGUGAACCACAAUGCAGCUCUGCCCUCUGUUAUCUCCAACAGUGCGCUCAACAGGUUCAAUAGCGCCCUGCAUCCAGAAAACAUGGGAGCAUGUGUUUCCCAGAGAGCGAUGGAUGAGAGAAUUCCAGAUCAUUCCAAGUGUAUCCCACCCAGGAGGGCAAGUGACAUAAAAAUCAUUCCUAGAGAUGCGUUGGUGGCUGUUAAGCUGGAGCCCGGGGAGAUGCGCCUCAAGAGCAACACUUCUUCAAAAAUAAAGAAAGAGAUGGUGUGCUUGAACCAACACAAAUCUGCUUCUCCUGCCUUGAGUGUUCUCUUAGCUGCAGCUCCCCAAGUGAGACCUCCAGUGACUUUAGCUGGUAAAGAUAACUACAUUGCAAGUCCGUCUUUUUCAGUCCCCAGGACUCUAAGUGAGCACUCGUUGGUCAAAACACCGGCGCUUUCUAGCCGCACACAUUCAAAGAUCUCGGCUUGGACCCAGGACAGAGCCGGAGAAGGAGACAUGCUAGAGCCUGAGGGGUUCCCCGUCAUCUCUUCUGUGUUCUCAUUAAGUCAACAACCAGAGGACGUCCAAGGCUCCAUGCAGCCACUGGUGAUGGCUCUGCGCGGUAUAGUGAUGGAUAAAAGUAACGGUUCACCUGAAAAUCACAUCAAGAUAACGAAUGUCACAGGGCAGCAGGUGAAGGAGGCGGUGCCAAAAUACUGUGCUCAGCUGACCCAAAGAGAUGGAUCCAUCAUCCGCAACCUUUUACUGACAGAGCGGACCAGUCAGCCUGUCAAAGUAGAGGAGCAGGAUAAGGGUGUUCAGCAUCCUUCUGCACUGACCCACAACCAUAUCCACGUCAACGAAGAAAAAAAUAGGUCCGCACCAACAGCCAAUAAGAAAGGCAGUGACUCUCCUGCUGCAGAUGUUUCCCAAAUUGCUGCGCAUGUAAAUGCACAUGUGGCUGCAGAGCCUCCACAGCAAACUGAAAAAAGUGAGCACGACGUCUCCUCAAAGUUCCUGACUGUCUCUCUGAAACGGGUACAAGUAGGCGUGUGGAAAAAAAGCAAGAAGGGACUGAAGCUCAGAAUAUCCAAAUAUAAGACUCAGGUACCUAUGAGCAGUCUAACUGACUGUACAGUUAUUUACCCAAUGCCGCUGAAAGUGGACCAACUGGUUAAACGGCCGGGCCCAAACCAGCCUGUGGUGGUGCUGAAUCAUCCAAAGCCCAGGGCCUCCGCCCAGGCAGCAACAACAGACACUCUAACGGACACAGGAGCCUCUGAGGAGGCUCCAAAGUGCCAAAUCUUAAAAAUGAGGCUGAGCAAAGUGAUGGGGCAGAAGUAUGAGGUGAUGGGGUGCACCGUUGGCGAGUUUCCAUAAAGUUAUCAGACAACGUAUCGAAAAAUCAGAAAAUAACUAGUAUUACAACAGGACGAUGUUGACUUAAAAAAAAAAGGUCAGGUAUAAUGGACAUCUGAUUAUCACUGAACAUUGUGUUACACGUAUGUUGUUUAUAUAGGCAUGGGAUAUGGAAUAUUCAAGUGCAAUGCAGUUUGACUGCUUUGAGUCAUGGACCAUCUGCUGUAGUAGAUUGCAGUCAGUAAUAAACAGAUGUUAAGUACUGUGUCA